GUCAUCAAGGUGCGUCAUGAACGCUUUGGGUUUCCACCGAAAUCCAUCAUGACGGAGGGUGUGCCGGCCAUAAUGAAGUUCCUCUGUGACACUUGCAGCAUACCGUACAGCCCAACGAAAUCUGUAGGCGAGCGCUCGACAGGAUCAGAGCACUCUGCAUCGCCGUCCUCUCUGUACCCAACUCUGGACUUGGGCGACAGUGCGUCUUCGGAUGCCUUUAAGAGACAUACAGAUGAUAAGGAGAGGCGGCGCUCUGAAAACAUUGCCCUGGAGCAGCAGAACACACUGGCCGCACAGGAGCAGCAGGCACUCAUGUCAUCCAGCAGCUCACGCAAGAUGGAGCUGCUCAAGCAACUGGCAGAGGAGCAAGCGAAACACGACGCUGACCUAGCCACUUUGCAGCAGAGACGCGAGAGUGACCAGCAGAAGCUAAUCCAGACCGUUCAGCAAGAGGAGAAAACCUAUAACGAAGCCGUCGCUCAGAAAAUGCGUGAAGCAGACAGGGCAAGAGAGGAAGAUAUUCGCAAGGCACUGGAUCAUGACAAGAUGAUGCUGGAGCAGCUGUCGUCCAUGCGACAGGAGUCUGAGCAGUUACGUCGUGGAGAAGUCUUGGACGCCAUGCAGAGGCUCUUGUCCAAGUCUCGUCAUCACGAGUUACUGUGCAUAGCACAGAUCACAGAGCGACAACGAUUGGCCAAGCAGGCAUUGAAGGAAUCAAAUGCCAUCGCUGAUGCUCAAGUUAGUCUUGUCCUGGAACAGCAGAGUGAGUUCCAGAAGAACCUCCUGAAUCAGAUCGCCAGUGAGGAUCUUGCACAGCGCUUGGCGUUUGAGGCACUGCUCCUUGACAAGGAUGACCAGCACACGAAGGCAACACAGCAGAUUGUGGCUCUGCAGCAGGAGUUGGCACAGCUCACCAACAUGGAAAUCAGCCGUAAAGCCAAAGAGCAGAAUACCAAUCAGGCCCGUCUGGAAGAGCAGCGCAACGUGCUAACGGCACAGCUGCGCCUGCUGAUGGAUGUUCAGCAGGAACGGGCCGAGCAACUCCAGCUACUUUUGGUAAAGUUCGAAGAGGAGCGUAAAUCUGAGGAGAAGGACUAUUGGCUGCGCAUGUACCAGCGUCUGAUGGAUUCCAAGCCGGAGGCGCUCUUACUAGAGGAGCUCUCUCUGGAAGAGUCUGUGGUGCACAUGUUGCGCACUGCCAACGCCACGCAGUUCCUGACAGCGUUCGCGCGCAAUCACAUCUCCUUCGAGCUGCUGGUCAAAAUGGACGACGACGACUUGAGGCGGCUCGGCGUCACGUCCAUCGGAGCAAGGCAUGAAAUUCUCAAGUGUGUUGCCGAAGAAGCAGCUAUAGAGAGCCGUGCCAAGGAGAAGUCCAUGGUGCUCCUCAGAGAGCUGGAGGAGAUGGAGCCGCAUGAGAAGCCUGAACCCAGCGCUCCUAUUCCCGGUCUGCCGAUUGUACCGAGUGCACCCAGUAUUUCUAUAGAUGAUAGCGAACCAGCACCAUCGCAAGCGUAUGCAUCUGAUCUGGUGGGGCUGCCGCUUAGUGCUGGUGCUACUGCACCGCAGCCUGCGCAUGUGACUCCGUCGGCGCCACUAGCAGAGGCUGAGGCAGGCAGUGGUGGCCCGGCCGUUCAGCUCAGUGAAUGUGUCGUCUGCCUGGACAAUCAGAGUAACUGUGUCUUGCUGAACUGUGGCCACGUCUGCAGCUGUGUCUCGUGCAGCCAGCAGCUUACCACAUGUCCCAUGUGCCGCGCUGAGAUUGCCAGUGUGGUUCAGCUCUAUACGGCAUGAAUGUGAUGAUGUAAUGAUGAUGUAAUGCAGCAUUAUAGCGAUGGUGAUGUUAUGAGCGGAGAUUGCCAGUGUGGUUCAGCUCCAUACUGCCUGAGCAUGGUGAUGUAAUGGUGAUGUCAUGGUGAUGUCAUGAUGAUGUUAUCAGUUAUGCAGCAUUACAUCUUUAUACUGCCACUCGACUGGUCAAUCUACCAGCACACUGAUGUCAUAUCAGCAGCAGUGCUUCUUGCCAGAUUUAGAUAGCAGCUGAGCUGACGACAUUAUAUUUAUAGUUACAGCUCUGAACGGAAGAAUGUCUCAAGAACACUGUAGAGUAUUCAUCAUGUAACGUUUGAGCGUGGUGCAAUUGAGUCCCAUGCGUACAGCCGAUACGCAAAUUGGCUGCCCCUGUCGCGGAAAUGCUCUCCACCACUCCAUGAAAGAGUUCCACCUACCAGUAGCCACCCAUGUCAAUCAGUGUUCAUGAUAAUUAUGGCGAUUACUAAACAUGUUUCUUCAACACUUUCUAAUGUAAUAUAUAAAUAGACGUAUGGCCGUAAAACUAGUAUUAGUCAUCUUGACAGCAGCACGUGCGUGUGCGGGUAAACUCACAAAUUACGUACACCUGUUACUUACACAUGUGGGCAGAUAUUCUCACUUAGGUUUAGGUACGUCACAACUCAUUACUUAUCAUGCUAGUACAGUCGUACACAUUAUGUUGAUACAUCCAUCUCAUUUGAUACAUCUCCUCGUUCCUCAUCUUGUAAUCAUUGUCACUCACAAAACACAUGCAAUCUCCUUCAUACUCUAUCUGCUAUCCUUCAUUAUAGUUCGUUAUUAGCACCACCUGGUAGAGUGUUCCGCUUGUAUACACACACACUGCACGUGUACAUGUAGUAAAGAUCCUAGCAACUGUUCUUUAGGGCUGAGUGCUACGUUUUCUUUAUUCCAUUACCACCUUUAAUAGGUUCCGUCCCUGUCCCCCUCCUUUUGAUGCCGGGGUUCCGUCCCUGUCCCCCUCCUUUUGAUGCCGGGGUUCCGUCCCUGUCCCCCUCCUUUUGAUGCCGGGGUUCCGUCCCUGUCCCCCUCCUUUUGAUGCCGGGGGUUCCGUCCCUGUCCCCCUCCUUUUGAUGCCGGCAUCACUGAGGUUUUACAUGUACAUACAUGUAUUGUGUUUCUUGUAAACAUUGUUGUGCAAGCUCUGUUAUUCUUUUUAGUUUUUACAUGUCCAUUGCAAGGGUACUGUCGUAUUUUUUGAUUACUUUUCAUCUCCUUUCUCGGCCCA